ACUUGCUCUUGACUUCCUUUCUCCCUCCAGGCAUUGGCGAGGCGGCCUGUCAAUCAGCUCUCGGGCGGCAGCCCCCCGCGCGGGGGCUCAGCGAUGCCAGGCUUGGCGACAGGCGGCAGUGACGGCGGCGGCGGCCACGGCACAGACACACACCCUCCCGCACGCGCGCGCUCGGGCAGCGCCGGCGGACGGGCGGCGGAGGCACCCGCGGAGCCCGGCGCGGGGCGGGGAGGGGGCGUGCGGCCGGGGACCGGCCCCGAGGCGCCGCAUGGAGGAAGACAUGCAGCCCGCGGAGGAGGGGCCCAGCGUCCCCAAAAUCUACAAGCAGCGCAGCCCCUACAGCGUCCUCAAGACGUUCCCCGGCAAGAGACCGGCGCUGGCCAAGCGCUACGAGAGACCCACCCUGGUGGAGCUGCCGCACGUCCGGCCGCCCCCGCCGCCCUUCGCGACGCGCGCCGCCGUCUCCAUCAGCAGCAGCGAGCCGCCGCCGCCGCCGUUCCCGGCGCAGAGCACCUACCCCCCGGGGCCCGGCCGGGCGGCCGCCGCCGCCGCCCCCUCUUCGUCAUCGCCUUCCGCCGCCUCCCAGGGCCACCUGCGGACUCCCGCCGCCCCCGCCGCAUCCUCAUCUUCGUCUUUCGCCGCCGUCGUCCGGUACGGCUCGGGGCCGGCGGCCGCCGCGGGCAGCAGCAGCGCCGGCAGUGACGGGGCGAGCCUGGAGCUCAGCGCAGAGAGUCGCAUGAUCUUGGAUGCCUUUGCCCAGCAGUGCAGCCGAGUUCUUAGCCUCCUCAAUUGUGGAGGCAAACUUCUGGACUCCAACCAUUCUCAGUCCAUGAUUUCUUACGUCAAGCAGGAGGGUUCAAGUUACACUGAAAGACAGGACCCGUGUCACGUGGGGAAAGGGGUCCACAGUCAGACUUCAGACAAUGUAGACAUAGAGAUGCAAUAUAUGCAAAGGAAACAACAAACUUCUGCCUUUUUGAGAGUUUUCACUGACUCCCUACAAAAUUACCUGCUCUCGGGAAGCUUUCCAACUCCAAACACCUCAUCGGUCAGCGAGUACAGCCACCUGACCGACGUGGACCCUCUGUCAACCUCCCCCGUGCAUACACUCGGAGGCUGGACCUCCCCGGCAACGUCUGAAUCCCAUGGUCACCCAUCGUCUUCUACGCUGCCCGAAGACGAAGAGGAGGAGGAGGAGGAAGGCUACUGUCCCAGAUGCCAAGAGCUGGAGCACGAGGUCAUUUCACUGCAACAAGAAAAUGAAGAGCUCAGAAGGAAAUUAGAGAGCAUCCCAGUGCCCUGCCAGACUGUUCUAGAUUACUUGAAGACGGUGCUACAGCAUCACAACCAACUCAUGAUCCCACAGCCAGUCGAGCAGCCCUCCGAGGGAAGCAAGCAGCUGUUGAACAACUAUCCUGUCUACAUAACGAGCAAACAGUGGGACGAGGCUGUGAAUUCUUCAAAGAAAGAUGGGCGGCGGCUCCUGCGAUACCUCAUCAGAUUUGUUUUCACGACCGAUGAGCUUAAGUACUCAUGCGGCCUUGGGAAAAGGAAAAGGUCAGUGCAGUCAGGAGAGACGGGUCCCGAAAGACGCCCUCUGGAUCCAGUUAAAGUAACAUGCCUCCGAGAAUUCAUUAGGAUGCACUGUACCUCCAACCCCGACUGGUGGAUGCCCUCGGAGGAGCAGAUAAACAAAGUGUUCAGCGAUGCUGUGGGUCACGCCCGGCAGGGGCGCGCAGUGGGGACUUUCCUGCACAAUGGUGGCUCGUUUUAUGAAGGGAUCGAUCACCAGGCCUCCCAGGAUGAAGUCUUCAGUAAGAAUUCCCAGGAUGGGUCCGGGGAUUAGUGGACAAAACCUUCCCAUUGCAGCAGGCGGUCCUCUCCAGAGUCGCCAUUGUGACUAUCCUGUCUCCAUCACUGUAGAGCCCACAGCAUGGCAUCUGUCAGAAUGCACAGCCUCAGUCUUAACUCUCUUGACCUUCUGCCAGAGUUCCCAGAUCGAAAUCCAUUUUAGGGUUGUUGGCAAAGUCUGUGCAGCCUACCACAGAUUUUCAGAAUACUAUAUUAUAAAAAGUAAAAGCUACCAUUGAUUUUAAAAGAUUACAUGGUGAGGAUGAGGGGGUGGAGACAAACUCCUGGUCACCUGUCUGAAAUCUUCAUGUAAGUUCUGCUUCCUGCGCAGAGCUGGUCCCCGUAGAAGAUUGGGCUGUGUUCCUGCCCAUGAGGGAAGGUAGAGACAUGGGUUACUAUGGAACAAGCAUUCUCUUUAAUUCAAAUAAGUCAUUUUUAUGUUUUCCAAAGACUUGAAUUCAUGCUUCUCAGCAAAAACAUCAGAUAGGUGACAUAAUAUGCUGUGUCUCCAUUGACAGAGCCUAUUAUUAAAUAGGAACCAGAGAACAGCAGCCAUCUCUAGACAGUGAUUAGUUGAAAGUCAGCUAUUUUUCUCGAUUAUUUUUACCAAAAAAGUCCUACCAUGUUGAUCAGGAAGGCACUAGGUGAUCUCUGGAGUUUACAGAGAGUAAUAGUUUUCAUUAUGUCAGUCAAGAAACAUCCAAAGAUCCCAACCAUUGUUAAAUGCUUGAUUUUGUAGGUUCUAGUAACCUAAAGUCAGGCUCUGUUGACACAGUGCCAAAGUGGCGGGUUAAACAAUGAGAAUUUCAGCCAGUUGUUUGGUGCACUGAAGACCAAACAAGUGGUGUGACUGAUGGUAUUGACUGAGUUGACCAGAUGUUCUGGAGUUGCGUACACACAGCUUCAAGGCCAUUCUGACAACUAUGCAAUGGGCUUGUCUAAUUUCUCUGAAACUUGAGGGUCUUUCUGUGCUCAGUUGAUCUUCAGAAUUUGCAUAAAACUUCUGUUUCUCGUUGUCACUGAUGAAAAUUGUUUCUUCCCAACUGUGAGUGCCUGCUUCCCCCAAAGUUCCCCUGAGCUGAUUGGUUGAGUCUCACGUGUGAAAUCAUAGUGUCUGGAGCCGUUUCUUACCCAAAUGCUGCAGAGAGGCUAGGACCAGUUCUGAGGUCCUCGGGUUUGGACCUCAGACUGAUGCCGAUGCCACAUCCUUUGUAAGCAAAGGGCUGAGUGGACAGCAUUGUUGAAGGCUGUUAAUGUCAUCUACAGACGGGCCUAUAGAGAUUUUGGAAAUUCAUUUAAAGUUUAGGAGCAUCCAUUUAUAAAGUAGUUAUUUUUCCCAUUUUUUGUUAAAGUAAAAUAAUAUUCCUUUAUGUUCAAUAAUUUGCAUCAACUAAAUUGCAAAGGCCUAGAAAUAGGUCUGCCUUUAGCUUUUUAAAUAGUUUCAGCCACUGAAAAGUUUAAUGUGUAUAGAGUUGGUCAUUUGUCAGACCUGUAAAGUUGUGGGGGGAGAACUAAUAUUUUGAUCCUAUAUUGGAAAAGUUACCUAAAAUUUUGAGAGGUUUUUUUUUUGUUUGUUUGUUUUUAAGAAAUGAUAUGGGCAAAUGGGAUGUUGUUUAUGGGAACCAUGCGACUAAUAUUGGGCUACACAAAGAAAAAGGUACUUCUUGAAGAGUUUUAAAGGUCUAGGAAAUCAAUAUUUUGUAAGAUUCUUUGGUGACAUGAAAUCUUGGCCAGAAGAAAAAUAACCACCAUAACCUCAUCUGUCAAUCCAUCUUUCUUUUUCUUUUUUGCAUUGGAUUUUGUUCUCCAUACUGCUGAGUACAUGUCCCCUCUCCCCCUUUUUUUUUGUAUAGCAGCAAUAUUUGACCACUGCUUUUAUUUUUUAGAGAGAGUGGAAGGGAGAGGGAGAGACAGAGAGAAACAUCGAUGUGAGAGAGGCACAUCUAUUGGUUGCCUCCUGCAUGCACCCCCACCAGGGCCAGGGAACCGGCAACCAAGGCAUGUGCCUUUGACUGGAAUCACAUCCUGGGGCCCUGCAGUCCGCAGGCUGACGCUCUAUCCACUGAGCCAAACCUUCUAGGGCUGCCCACUGCUUUUAAAAGCUAUCAGCUCUUGCCAUUUUUCUGUAAUCUUGAGAACUGCACACAGCUUCACCUCUCAGCAUCACCUGGUGUGUGCUCACCUGUACUGUGCUGGUCUUCGCCGAUGGCGAUGCUGAGAGCAUGUCUGCACUCUCCAUGGCCUUAUGUGCCAGCGUGCUGAUAACGAAGUGCUGGCCCCACUCCCGUUACAUUCCCUGAAGAAGGCGCCUGGGAAGGCUCUGCUCCCUAGCCACCUGGUUGCACAUCCUUGCUCCAAAGGCUCACCUGGUCUCUUGCCUCUCAUCCCCUUUCCAGGUGAAUUAUUUCUGUAUCAGCUGUUCUCCAAUAUUUCAGAUUGCAAAAUGCUGGAACUUCAUGUUGGCCCAGAAAGAUGACUGAGCAUCAGACAGCCCGUUCUGAUGCCUCUCCUGGAACUAGGACCUGCUACCCCCUACCCCUGGUCAGAUGUUCUGUUAUGUUCCUCACUGCCCGUGUAUUCCUCUUCCUUUAGCCCAGCCCACCCAGGGGCUACAGCACGCUUGGGCUAUGACACAGGAUCUGCUUAGAUAUCCUGCUGGCUCCUUGGUCCGUGUCCCAUGCCAUCCUCGAGGCUUCCCCUUUAAGGCUAAUGUCGUAGCUGGUUCAUGGUGGUUGCCUGCGUGGGCACCUGAUUUUUAAAUCAGGGCUUGCAGAGAUGGCUCACCUACUUUUCUGCAGGGUCAGCAUGGCCGCUAUGUAGGACGGGUAAAAGCUCGCUGUCCCUGCUCUCAGCCUUCCCAUUGAUCUCUUUGGAAGCCUGGAGAUGUUGCCUGUUUUCUUGAUUUAACUUUCUGCAUCUUUGUCUGGAAUUGGACAAAUUGUUCUCAUGACAAGAAACGUAGACUCGGCUUUUAGAAUCUUUCUUGAGUCGGUGGAGCAUGAGUAUAAAACAGAUCGAGUUAACACAGCUCCGGUGCAGCUGGGCUCCACUGCAUUGGCGAGAGGGGGGCCUGCAGGUCUGGCCUGACACCGACGACGAACGUGAUGUUUUUGUCAGUGGCCGAGUGUGGGCCAUCACCCAGCUGUCGGAAGUGCCCGUACCUUCCAACAGUGGCAGCGUCUUGAUGUGUCCCGAGUUUUUCCAAAUUAAAACCUGUCACAAAGCGUACCUGCUUUCGCAGUGACCUGUAGUCCCACUGGGCUCGGGACAAUAGUUCAGUGUCUGGAUUGGAGGACGUGGGCCAGGACCUUGUGGGAACUGUAGUCUAUGCGGAGUUGCUGAAGUCACAUUUCUCACUCUCUUGGAAGGCGCACUGUUCAGAAUUUUAACAGUUAACCUCAGUGCCAAGUGCUUUGGAGAUAAACGCUAAACAUUAAAGUUCGCACCAUCCCUUUCUGCCUGAAAAUAUUUCAUCCAGCCCUCGAACCCUGGCAUCACUCUCUUGUUCCUCAUGUGCACCACAGCGUUUAGGUUAUUGUCACCAUCGGUGUUUCAUAGGGGUCGCUAGGGACAUAGAGGAUAAUAGUAGAGCAUCUGCAGAAGAUUGCCGUCACCUGCUUCGGUAGGGGGAUCAGAGGUAUAUGGAGCUGCUUCACAGCUGUAGAUGUGGAUGCUUGUAUAGUCUGGGUCUUGCUUAGCCCUUCCCAAGUCAUAAAAACGUUGACCUUAGAGAUACCUUCAUUAGGAUUAGAGGGAGGUUUAAUUAUUACAAUAUAUUUGAUCUAACUACUCCAUGUGUCCAAUAUCAGUAGAAUGGUUUCUUCAGUCCAGUAAAUGUCAGAUGCUUUCCCCAAAUCUGGACAGUACUCCAAGCUUGGGAGUCUGCUGUUCAUGAUUUCUACAUUUUUUUGCCACCUUUAAUGGCUUUCCCUCCCUUCUGUUGCUGUCAGAAUAUGGAUGAAGCAUCAAAUAAGAUGAAAUGUGCACUAGUUUCAGAAAAGCAAACAUAACCUAGCCUUUAUUUAGGUUCUGUCAUUUAUUCUAUGCUCCAGAACUUGAACCUAAUACCCACUGACUACCUCCUUAGUUUUUUCUUAGAUCUUAAUCAUUUAAAAAAAUCUCAUUCUUAGGUAACUUUGUUUUUAGAAAAUAUUUAAAUGUAUAACUUCUCAUUCAGUACUGUGUCAUUUCACAGUACAGAGCUGUGUGAUAUUUGACAGCUCAGAUACAAAUUUUUAGAAAUGUAAUAGAAAAUGAUUUUGCACAUAUGGUGCAAGUCUGGCUGAUGUCUGUUUAAUGUGGCAACACUUAACCAAAACUGCCUGGCAAAACAUGUCAAACGGAAUGCUUGAGUCAGAAUUCUAAUGUAAAUGUGUCUAAACAGCAGUGUGUAUCAUUAUGAUAUAUUUUUGUAAACAUGCUUCUUGCAGUGGUAUAAGUACUGGAUAAAAAUAACCACUUUGCUUGGAAUAAUUAGGAAAAUGUCACCCAGCUGAUGGCCCUCUUGCACUGUCAGCCAGUGGCACUGGCUCUUCUGUUUGUGUUGUUUUUUAGAGGAGAAUGAGGAAUUGAUACCAGACAACGUGGAGUGCAAAAAUAAUAACCCAUCCAUAUUUGCUUCCUCAUAUGUAAAAUUUAAAGUUGUAACAUAUAUUUGCAAGUGAGAGACCAUUUUUACCCUCCACUGUAUAUUCAUUUGUAAAAGAUAUUGAAAGGAAGGACUUUGCUCAUCCAAUGACUAGCUUGAUCAGUUUGGCUAUUGAAACCUCUAAAUUACCAAUAUUUGUGGUAAAAGUGACCAGUUUAAUUUUUCUCGUACCCAUCCAUAGCUGGUAAUAUAAGGGCUAGAUUUUCACUGAAUCACACUUCCCCAGCUUGCAAUGACAAUACAUCUGCUAAUGAGACUUGUUCGAACACCAGUUCAUUCUCAGAAUAACUGCACCAGUACAAGUGGCCCCAUGGGUCUUUGCCUUGUUGGAAAACUGAGGCCCAUCCAAAACCGCUGACAACAACAGUAAUGACUAUCGCUAAUGUUCAUUGAGUUCUUGUGUGCCAGGUGCUUUGCUAAGGCUGUUGCUGUUAUCACCGUUUUAUUGAUAAGGACACUGCCUGGGAUGCUCAGCUAAUAAAAGGAUCAGUUUGGGCUCAUUAAGCAGAAUGCCUAGUUCAGUUU